UUGAAUGUUUUUAAUACUGAAUUUGCUUGCUCAGGUGUUGAUGGGUGCUUCAUUAAGUUAACUACUAGUGCUCAACUACUUGCUGCCACUGGUAGAGAUGGCAACAACAAUAUAUACCCACUAGCAUUUGGUAUUGUUGGGCAAGAGGACACACCUAACUGGUGUUGGUUUCUACACCAACUUAAAAUCUGCCUAGGAGGAGAAGUGGGAAGGUUUGGUCCAUAUACAAUAAUGUCAGAUAGACAAAAGGUAUGUGCUUGCAUCUUAUGUCAUUGUUCCUAUAUGGUUGUUUUGUGCUAGAUAGUAGCUUAGCUAGUUUAAUUGUGUGUCCCAGGGCCUACUAAAUGCAGUGAAUGCUGUCUUUCCUAAGUGCAACCAAAGGUUCUGCCUUAGGCAUAUCUAUGCAAACUUCCAAAAUGCUGGGUUUAGGGGGGAAGAUCUGAAAAAGUGUAUGGAUAAUGCUGCCUAUGCAUAUAGUGAACACAAAUUUAACAUUGCAAUGAAUGACCUUAGAGCUGAGUGUGAGCAAGCUUGGGAGUGGCUUUGUCAAAUACCCAAGAAAACAUGGGCAAGGCAUGCAUUUGACACAAACUGCAAGACUGACCUUGUAGUUAACAAUUUAUCUGAGGUGUUCAACAAGUAUGUCCUAGAUGUUAGGAAGAAACCAAUUAGGACAAUGUGUGAUGGAAUAAAGGAUAAGCAGAUGGUGAGGUGGCAUAGGAAUAGGGAGAGUGGAAAGAAAGCUAGAUGGGACAUAACACCCCAUUAUAGUGAGAAGCUAGAGGUUGAGAAGGAGAGGGCCAAAUAUUGCAAACCAAUUCAAGCUGGUGUGGACUUGUGGCAAGUUACAAGUGGGCAGCAAACCCAUGCUGUUAACUUGCAAAUGCACACAUGUGGGUGCAGAAAAUGGGACCUAAGUGGCAUCCCAUGUAACCAUGCCAUCUCAGCAAUAAACAAGGCCAAAAGAAAACCAGAGGAUUAUGUCAGCAAGUUCUUCAAGAAAGAAAUUUAUCUGGCAGCUUAUGAACCAAUGAUCUAUCCAGUUCCUGGUGAGCAUGACUGGACAAGGACCCCUGGUCCAGACAUUGACCCACCUGCAUUUAAAGUGAAGAGAGGAAGAAAGAAAGAGAAGAGGAUCAAGGGGAAAUUUGAAGUCCCAAAGCCUAAGGAGACAUCAAGAAUGGGGACUAUAACAUGUGGCAAUUGUGGACUGCAAGGACAUAGGUACACAAGCUGCAACAAGCAGUUGAAGCCUGAGCUGGCUUUGAGGAAGAACAAACAUGUGCCUCUUGCAAGGAAUUCCAAUGCUGGUGCUGCUGCUACUACACAAGCAUCAAGAACUUCUCAUCCAACUCCUAAAACAACACCAACAGCUGGAACAGGAGCUGGGAGAGGAGCUGGGAGAGGAGCUGGGAGAGGGGCUGCAGCUGCUGGGAGUGGUGCUGCUAGAGGUGCUGGUAGAGGUGCUGGUAGAGGUGCUGCACCAGGUGCUAGGAGAGGUGCUGGGAGAGGGAGAGGUACAUUCUCUGCCCCAAGGCAAUCUGGUCCCUCCACAUCUACUGCUCCCUCUACAUCUACUGCUACUCCACCUUCUGGUGGUAGAAACAGAGGAUGGAGAGCCUACUUCUAUGCAAGUGGUAACCACUAA